AUGCAAAACAGUCAUAAAACUAGUCAAUAGAAAGAUGAGAGAAUAAAUGAAUUAUUAAGGAAAAUUCCAUCUGAAAUUCGAUAAAUUUAUGAUAGUUUGGGUCCUCUGUAUGAUGUAAACCCCAAAUACUAAAUUAUAUAACAAAACGAUGGAAGUGUAUAUUUUGUUUAAGGAGAUGGAAGUAGAAAAAUUGGUACAGGUGUAUAAAUCUGGCCAGAAUAAGGAAAUGUGUUAGAUGGAAAUUGGGAUAAUGAUCAAUUAGAAGGUUAUUGUAGGAUGGUGUAUUCAAAUAAAGAUAUAUAUCAAUUAAUAAUAAAAGUAAUUAGUUUUGAGUACUUAUUUAAAUAAGGAAGAGCCAAUGGAUUUGGACUGUUUCAAACAUCGGAAAAGACAGUGAAAGGGAUUUGGAUAGAUAAUAAUUUAUCUGGAGAGGGAUAGGAGUUUCGAAAGGAUGGAUAACGAUAUUACGGAUAGUUUUAGGAUGGAUAAAAAAAUGGUUAGGGCAUUAUCUAUUUUAAAGAUGGAUACAAAUACGAAGGGGAAUUAAGGAAAAACUUAGCAGAUGGGUCGGGGACUAUGAUUUGGAGUGAUUGCAGCUACUACGACGGUGAAUUUAGAUUGGGAGUCAUAAAAGGGAGAGGAGUUUAUCUGAGUGGAAAUGGAUACAGUUUGAUGGGAUAUUUCAAAGAGGAGGCGCAGAAGGAGAGAAAGAAGAAGAUUUAGAGAAUUAUAUAUAAAAAUGAGAGCGGAUCAAAUUUAAUAAUAGAAAAAAUUAGAUAACUAUGA